CCUGCCAGCUGGGAUUUUACAAAUCAGCCCCUGGGGACCAGCUGUGUGCAAAGUGCCCCUUGCACAGCCAUUCGGAGAGCCGGGCAGCCCGUGUCUGCCGCUGCGACAGCAGCUUCUACAGGGCAGUGCAGGACCCCCCCUCGGCCGCCUGCACGCGUCCCCCCUCUGCACCUGUGAACCUGAUCUCCAGUGUAAAUGGCACCUCAGUGACACUGGAGUGGGGCCCGCCCCUGGACAAGGGGGGACGCGCUGACAUUGUCUACAACGUGGUCUGCAGGCGCUGUGUGGGGGAUGCUGGCCCCUGUGAAGCGUGUGGCAGUGGGAUCCGCUUUGUGCCCCAGCAGAUGAGCUUGGUGCAGGGGGUGCUGACUGUGACCAACCUCCUGGCCCACACCAACUACUCCUUUUGGGUAGAGGCCGUCAACGGUGUGUCUGACCUCAGCCUGGAGUCCAGGAGAGCCGCAGUCGCCAACAUCACGACAAACCAGGCAGCCCCAUCCCAGGUGGUGGUGGUCCGUCAGGAGAGCACAGGCCAGAACAGCGUCACUUUGCUGUGGCAAGAGCCAGACCAGCCCAAUGGCAUCAUCCUGGAGUACGAGAUCAAGUACUAUGAGAAGGACAAGGAAAUGCAGAGCUAUUCGACUCUGAAAUCCAAGGGCACCACUGCCACCAUCUCUGGGCUCAAGCCUGCAACCCGCUACAUUUUCCAGGUUCGGGCUCGCACCUCUGCCGGCUGUGGGAGGUUCAGUCAGACUGUGGAGGUGGAAACAGGGAAACCAGUCUCUCUCCGGUACGACACAAUGACGAUUGUCUGGAUCUGCCUGACACUCAUCACUGGCCUUGUUGCAUUGCUGGUGGUCCUAAUCUGCAAGAAGAGGCACUGCGGGUACAGCAAGGCUUUCCAGGACUCCGAUGAGGAGAAGAUGCAUUAUCAGAAUGGGCAAGUGAAGUUUCCUGAGUCCAAGUUCUAUGUGGACCCCCACACAUAUGAGGACCCCUGCCAAGCCGUGCAUGAGUUCACCCGUGAAAUCGAGGCCUCCCGGAUCAAGAUUGAGAAGGUCAUUGGGUCCGGGGAGUCCGGAGAGGUGUGCUACGGCCGCCUGAAGCUGCCAGGGAAGAGGGAGAUUCCUGUGGCCAUCAAGGCACUGAAAGCAGGCUACACAGAGAAGCAGAGACGAGACUUCCUGAGUGAAGCCAGCAUCAUGGCACAGUUUGACCACCCCAACGUCAUCCAUCUGGAGGGGGUGGUGACCAGGAGCAAAUUGGUAAUGAUUGUUACUGAAUACAUGGAGAACGGCUCGCUAGACACCUUCCUCAGGAAAAACGAUGGGCAGUUCACUAUCAUCCAGCUGGUGGGCAUGUUGCGCGGCAUCGGAGCGGGCAUGAGGUAUCUGUCUGAUCUGGGCUAUGUGCACCGGGACCUGGCUGCCCGCAACAUACUGGUGAACAGUAACCUGGUCUGCAAAGUGUCUGACUUUGGGCUCUCCCGCAUCCUGGAGGAUGACCCCGAUGCUGCAUACACCACCACGGGGGGGAAGAUCCCCAUUCGCUGGACGGCUCCAGAGGCCAUCGCAUACCGCAAGUUCUCCUCAGCCAGUGAUGUGUGGAGCUACGGCAUUGUCAUGUGGGAAGUGCUGGCCUACGGCGAGCGCCCAUACUGGAACAUGACCAACCGGGAC